GUCCUUGGCAAGCCCCGAUCCCCUCGCGCCGUUUCACUCUCUGCCGCCGCAUGGGCAAGGGCGGCUCGUCGACCGCGGCGGUGGAGGCGCCCGCGGUGCGCGGCGCCAAGGGCAAGCUCGUGGCGCGCACCGACUUUUUCUGGGACGACAACGACGAGCCGCAUGCCGCGCGCCGCAAGGCGAUCAUGAAGGCGCACCCCGAGGUGUCAAGGCUGACGGGUCCGGAGUGGCGGUCAAAGUACAUCUGCCUCUUUGCGCUGGUGCUGCCGCAGAUCUGGCUCUCCGUUGUGACGGCCGAUCUGCCAUGGCUGCCCUACCUCGCCAUUGCGUACGUUUUCGGCGCAACCAUCACGCAGGCGCUCUUCCUCGCGAUCCACGAGCUGGCGCACAACCUCUUCUUCAAGUCGCCGCUGCACAACCGCCUCUUUUCCAUGGUUGCCAACUGGCCGAUUGGCAUCCCGUACACGAUUCCGUUUCGCGGCUACCACCUCGAGCACCACAAGUUCCAGGGCGUGGACGGGGUCGACACGGACGUGCCGUCGUACUUCGAGGCGCAGCACAUCCGCGGGCCGCUGAGCAAGACUGCCUGGGCCUGCUGCCAGAUUCUCACCUACGCCCUCCGCCCGAUGUUCAUCAAAGCGCAAGACAUCACCGCGAUGCACGUCACCAACUGGGCGGUGCAGAUCGCAUUCGACGCGGCGAUGCUGUACGCGUUCGGGUGGCGGCCGCUCGCCUACAUGGUGCUCUGCAUCCUCCUCGCAGGCGGCCUCCACCCGUGCGCCGGCCACUUCAUCUCUGAGCACUACGUCUUU